AUGGGGGUCAGUCUGCCCGCCCCCCCCCCCCGCGCGGCGCUGGAGCCCCCCCCGGGGUGCGUGCGGCUGCUGCCCUGGGAGCCGCCGGCAGAGGGAGCUGCGGAGCUGGAGAGCGUCUGCCCCGGGCGGGCCCGAGCGGUGCGGCUGCGGGGGCUGCAGCAGGCCCAGCUCUGGAGCUUCCCUGUGGGCCCCGUGUCCCCCCCCCGCAGCCGGGCCCUGCCCCCGCUCCAGCCGGCCUGGAGCCCCCCCGAGAAACGGACCUUCCCCCCCAAGCGGGGGGUGCAGCUGAAGCGGGGGGCGCCCCCCCCUGAGCCCCCCCCCCCGGCCCCGCCCGAUGAACUGCCCCCCCCCGGCAAGCGCCAGCGGAGCCGCAGCCCCGAGCAGGUGCCCCCCCCGUUCCCGCUGCCCCCCCAGGGGCUGUGGCCCCCCCAGCAUGGGGACGCCUGGACACCCCCCCCCCGCCUCGGGGCCCCCCUAGAGAGACAGUUCGAGGAGCCCCCCGAGUUCGCCCCCAUCCUCCCCGAUGGCUUGGCCACCAUCAUGCGCAUGUUGGACGAGUCCAUUCGCCAGGGGGAGGAUGAGGAUGGACUCCUGCCCCCCCCGUCCUACGUCAGCUCCAGUGACCUCCUCAAGCUGCGGGCGCUGGGGGGGGAGGGGCCCCCCAAAGAGCUCAAGAUUCGCUUGAUCAAGGUGGAAAGUGGGGGGGGGACGGGGACGGGGCCCCCCCAGAACGGUGCCAUAGGAGGGGGGGGGGACACCGCAGCGGAAGAGCCGCAGGGACCCCCCCUGGCACAGCUCACCAUAAGGCACAGUGCGGCUGAGGUGGUGCGGGCCAGCAAGCAGGCACGCCUGAAGGGCCCCUUCCGGGAGUCCUACCUGUGCCCGGCCCAGUCCGUGAAGCCCCACAUUGAUGCGCAGGAGAAGCUGCCCCGGGACAAGCUCAACCCCCCCACCCCCAGCAUCUACCUGGAGAGCAAACGCGACGCCUUCUCCCCUGUCCUGCUGCAGUUCUGCACCGACCCCAAGAACCCCAUCACUGUCAUCAGGGGCCUGGCGGGGUCCCUGCGCCUCAACCUGGGUCUGUUCAGCACCAAGACCCUGGUGCAGGCCAGUGGGGAACACGCAGUUGAGGUUCGCACCCAGGUCCAGCAGCCCUCGGACCAGAACUGGGACCUGUCUGGGACCCGUCAGGUGUGGCCAUGUGCCAGCAGCAGGUCCCACACCACCAUAGCCAAGUACGCCCAGUACCAGGCCUCGUCCUUCCAGGAGGCUCUGCAGGAGGACAAGGACAGUGAGGAUGAGGAGGCCGAGGAGCCCGACAGCACCACAGAGACCCCCCCCAGCAGCAACCCCGACCAGAAAUCCCACCAGAUCAUCAAGUUUGGGACCAACAUCGACCUCUCGGAUGCCAAGAGGUGGAAGCCGCAGCUGCAGGAGCUGCUCAAGCUCCCGGCCUUCAUGCGGGUGUCAUCCACGGGGAACAUGCUGAGCCAUGUGGGACACACCAUCCUGGGCAUGAACACUGUGCAGCUCUACAUGAAGGUGCCAGGCAGCCGCACCCCCGGUCACCAGGAGAACAACAACUUCUGCUCCGUGAACAUCAACAUUGGCCCCGGGGACUGUGAAUGGUUCGCGGUGCACGAGCACUACUGGGAGACCAUCAGCGGCUUCUGCGACAGGCACGGUGUGGAUUACCUGACGGGCUCAUGGUGGCCGGUGCUGGAGGACCUGUACAGCUCCAACAUCCCCGUGUACCGCUUCGUCCAGCGCCCCGGGGACCUGGUGUGGAUCAAUGCUGGUACCGUGCACUGGGUGCAGGCUACCGGAUGGUGCAACAACAUCGCAUGGAACGUGGGGCCGCUGACCGCCUACCAGUACCAGUUGGCACUGGAGCGCUACGAGUGGAACGAGGUGAAGAACGUGAAAUCCAUUGUGCCCAUGAUCCAUGUGUCCUGGAACGUGGCGCGGACUGUGAAGAUCAGCGACCCCGACCUCUACAGCAUGAUCAAGUACUGCCUGUUGCAGUCCAUCAAGCACUGUCAGGUGCAGCGCGAGAGCCUGGUGCGAGCAGGGAAGAAGAUCACGUUCCAGGCACGGGUGAAGGAUGAACCAGCCUAUUACUGCAAUGAGUGUGACGUGGAGGUGUUCAACAUCCUGUUUGUGACCAGCGAGACAGGCGGGCGCAACACUUACCUGGUGCAUUGUGAGGGCUGCGCCCGGCGCCGCAGUGGGGCCCUGCAUGGGGUCGUGGUGCUCGAGCAGUACAAGACCGAGGAGCUCAUGAACAUCUAUGACAGCUUCACCCUGGUGCCAUCACCCAGCUCCAGAUGAGCCCCGCCCCCCCCAUCGGGGGGGUCACGUGAUGAUGAUGAUGGGGGGGGUGUCACGUGCCCUCCCCCCAACCCCCUCCCCCAUAAUGAACAUUGUUAUUUAUUCCCGGUGAUAUCGCCC